AUGGGUUAUUUCUUAAAGCUGCUCCCCACAGCCUGGCACCUGGAGCAGAAGAUGAACCAACUAGGCAGCGUCCAUGCCCUGGAGGCCCUGAGCUCAGCAGCCAGGGCCUCUCGGGAGCUGCAGCUUGUGCCCCGCCCCCGGGAAAGGUGCUCAGAGGCCAGGGCGGGCCGGGCGACAGCAGCGGGAACCUGCUCACGCAGCCCCAAGCGGCCCCAGGGCGGCGGAGCGGAAAGCUAUGGAAAGCCUGGGUCAGGGAAGGAGAGAAGGGGUGGGGCGGACAGGACCCGGGCCGGCCAGAGCCCCUGUCAUCGGCCCGAGAGGCAGGGGCAGGAAAGUGGGCGAAUCCCGGGCCCUGGGAAAGACAGGGAUCCGGAGUCUGCGGCCUUGGCAAAGGAGGGGAGGUGGGGGGAAGAUGCAAGGGGAACGGGGUGGUCCCUCCCUUGCGAGCCUGGCCCCCCGUGUGGGCGGGACGCUGCUCUGGACCCGCCCACUCUCCGGCCAUCAGGCGCAGCCUGGCCCGGGCCGGACACAGCCCCCGCACACCUCCCCUGGCCCCCCUUCCGCGCCCCGCCCGCCCCGGCAGCCCUGGCCGGGUCGGGGGCGGGGGUGGGGGGCGGCGUGGGGGAGGGAGAGGAAGAGAGCUGGGCCCCGGUCUUUUCCCGUCUAGUCCCACUAACUCCCAAGUUCACUCCCACGCCUCGCCCACUUACACUCCGCAGCUCCCCGGGCCGGGGGAGGCCCCAGCCCGGGCCCCUCCCGCCUGGUUACAUAAGGUCCCGGCGCGGCUGCCCCCCCCCCCCCCCCCCCCCCCGCCCGAGCCCCGGGGGAGAGGCCGGAGCGCCCCCCCCCCCGGCCUGCGGGACAGCGCCGGCCCUGCGGGGACAGAGGGGACGCCUCCUGGUCCGGACCUGGCAGGGGGAUUCCCCAUCUCCUCCUUCUAGCUCUCGCCCAGUCCAACCCGCUGCCCCCGCUCCAGCCACCUGUCUCCGGUACCCAAGGGAGUCAGGACACUCUCCUGUCCUAUGCGGGAGCCAGGAAUCGGGGUCCCGCUUCCGCGGACCCCCCGGUCCAGAGUCCGAGGUCCCAGCGCCCCCCGCUCCUCCGGCCCAGCUCACCUCGACCUGA